GUGGAUUUGGCAGUGAUUUGGUGGUGGAUUUGGCAGUGUAAUGGGUCCACCAAUACCCAUAAUCAAAGCAGUAAGCGUUAACCAGAGUUUACUGGCCCCUCUCAACCUGGAAAUUGAUCCCAACAUUCAGCAAGUACGAACCCAGGAAAAGGAGCAGAUCAAGACCCUCAACAAUCGUUUUGCCUCCAUCAUUGAUAAGGUCCGCUUCCUGGAGCAGCAGAACAAGAUGCUGGAGACCAAAUGGAACCUCCUGCAAGAGCAAAGUGGUAGUGGUCCAGGUGGUGCAAGAUCCAGUAUUGAACCCCUGUUUGAUGCCUACAUUGCCAAUCUGCGUCGGCAGCUGGACGGCUUGAACAAUGAGAAAUAUAGGCUUGAUGGAGAUUUGAAAAACAUGCAAGGCUUGGUGGAAGACUUCAAGAACAAGUGAGUUCACGAAAAAAGAGCAAUUUAAAUA